GGAAAGGUAGGCUAAGAGAGCUAAGAGAGGGGAUCAUCACUCGAAGCGUGAACAAGCAUCUGAGCAGCAGCAGCAGUAGCCACAACAGCCUGAACCAGCUUCGCUUUAACCUCACAAAUUCACCACCUCCUCUGUUACAAUUAUAAUUGGUCCGUCCACGUGACAAAUACCGCACUAUACUUGGACAGAAUCGCAAGCGCGUGUUUUUUUAAGGUGCCAACGAUCUCUGACAUCUUAACUUGAGAAAGUGUUCUUUGUGCAGUUAACAAAGGUCCAUUACUACGCUUUAACUCGGGACAGCGAGGAGUUGAUUGGAUGGACCUCCACUGGCCCACCUUCAAGAUGGACAGCUCCUCCUACCUGCCCGGUCCCCUGGCGUCCCCAACCCUGAUGGUGCUGGCCUCCACAGCCAAGACAGGCCGUGAUGCCUCCGUCCCCUGCCAGGCCUCCGUCCCCUGCCAGGCCCCGAGGUCCUUCAGGGCCCCAAUCUUUGAGAAGGACCUCCCCUUCCCCUCCGGCUCCUACACAUUUGCCUCCAUGUACAACCGUCAGGGGCCUAUCUCCGGCCACGGCUCCUUCCCUGCCAGAGACUUCCCUGCCUCCCUGCUCCACCUCCAUCCCCAGUUCCAGUUUCACCCCAACAACCUGGACUGCCCUUCCCUGGGGAUGCUCAACCACAUUGGGGUAGGGGUCUUCCGACCCUUCUCCUCCCCGCCUGAAGAGAGGGAAGAGAGGGAGACCAGGGGUUAUCAGUCAGCCUUCACCCCUGCUAAGAGACUCAAGGGCUGCUACACAGAUUCUGAGGGGAAGGAGUAUGAUUUUGGAGGAGGGUGUUUCCUCUCUGGCUCACCGGGAUCACUCAAGGCCGCCAAGGAUUCUGGGAGGAAGUUGUUUACGGUGUCUGGGCUGCUGUCGAACAGAGAGGCCUCGUCUAGUCCUGAGGACCGUAAAGAACACUUGUGUCCUGUGUGCCAUGCUGCGUUACCACCAGGUGAGCUACAGGAGCACAUGGAGCAGGAGAUGAGCAGACUGGCACAGUUACAAAUCAGUACUCAUUCAGUGCAGAGGAACCAUCCAUUAGGAGCUACUAAGACCCUCUCACUAUCUCUGCACAUUAAAUGUGAGGGUGGGUCCCCCACCUCUCUCUCCUGCCCUCCUGAAGAGCCCCACUCAGACAGAUACCAGAUGUUUCUGCGUGUGAGGACAAACAGACAUACAAGACUGAAUGUCAGGAUCGGCAAGCUGAAGAGGAGGAGUCCUUACGUGGGCCAGGACAUUUUGUUGGACCUGGGGGGGGAGGAGUGGAGUGAGCGGAGGAGAAUACGGAUGACAUCCAUACUGGGAGGGUGUGAAGGGUCGGUGUUUGUGAGCAGCAGCACGUCUAAGGAAGGCCGUGGUGACCGUGACGCUGACCUGGACAUGGAUGGAGAUGACACUCUGCAGUAUGGAAGAGUACAAUGUACGGAGGCAGACAUCCCCUGUUCAGGGAAGGAUCCUGGGGAGGUGGAGGAGAGGGAAGCACUGAGGGGGGCGGUUUUAAAUGGUGGUACACUGUCCAACAGAGUAACUCUGGAACAUUCCAAAUGGACAAAUGAGGGAAGUCCAUCCACUAGCAACGGAGAGAGCAACAAACUGGAUAACAGCAUAGCCUCCCUACACAGGACCUGUAAAAAUAGUGACAUUGAUAUGGUCUCUGGGCUGACGACGUUGGAUUCACUAAGAAGUCGUAUACGGGACCUAGAGAAGCAGCUGUCCAGAGGAGACAGACACAACUGUCUUAUCUGUAGGGACACUUACACAACACCCCUCACCUCCAUCCAGUGCUGGCAUGCCCACUGUGAGGAGUGUUGGCUCCGCACUCUGGGGGCUAAGAAGCUGUGUCCACAAUGUAACACCAUCACUUCUCCUGGGGACCUGAGACAGGUAUUUUUGUGACUGGGCAGGGCCAGAGAAGCACAGGCCCCUGAGGGGGCAGGACAUCUGAAGUAUUAACCUAUGACCUUUGAAGGGGACGUAAGGACAGCUGGCCUGUCAGAGAUUACCCUUUUCUUUGCACCUUAACCUGCCCCCCCCCCCCCCCCCCCCCCCCCCCCCAAACCAAGUAUGGGGCCACCCCAUGACAAAAUGGUACCCAUGACUGGGUAUUGCACAAUGAUCAGUCUUCAUGUCAUUUGACCUUUUAGGUUUGACAUUUGACCUUUGCUUUGCCCACCUAGAUAGCAUUCAUUUGUAUCAAGCUCACCUCAUCAUUUAGUGAGCCUUUUCUAAGAGGAGGACUCUGUGCUCAAUCCAUUACAAUUUGUAAGUAAAUGACAAGAACUAGUCAUCUUAGUGCUCAGGCACUGAAAUAAUGAUUUAAAAUGGCUUUAGAUCAAAACAAGGUUGAGAUACUCUUUGGACUAUAAACUAUAAGCGGUAUACACUUUUGAAAAUAAUAGUGGUCUGUUUUUAGCAAAAGAAAGCACAUGUAAAUAGUUUUCUGUAUGUUUGAAAUUAUGUGCAGUACCUGUAAAAAGUUUGGCCACACCUACUCAGUCAAGGGUUUUUCUUGAUUUUUCCUAUUUUCUACAUUGUAGAAUAAUAGUGAAGACAUCGAA